CACUUACAUGCCCCGUAUAGUAAAACGUUUGAACCCUAAAAUUAAUUUCAAUUCAACAUCAUCAGAAGAUAUAAAGAGAGGAAGGCCUAAUCAAUCGAGAUUUUGAGCAAAAGAGAGAAAUGAGCAACAGAAAGAAACCCAUCGCAGCAAAAAAUGAAGAAGAAGAAGACCCGGUGGAUCAACUUCUUCAAUCAGCACAAGACGAGUUACUUCUAAAACUCUCUGUCGACUCUCACAUGUCUCGUGUCUCUCCUGAUUACCUCCUCCCUGAUCUUGACCGUCGAUUCCAAGCCCUCAAAUCCAGACCCACCACCACCGCCAUUCAAUCCUCAACCAUCAUCUCCAAAUCACGACCGUCUAAAUCUCAAGAUGAUGUUGACCCUGAUGAUCUGUUUGCUAGAUUUACUGCUCUCAAAGCUCCUAAUAACACGACCAGCAGCAGUACUGUUUCGGGUCCUAGUGGAUUUGAUCAAGGAGGUGAUGAAGACGAAGAGGAUGAGGUUGAGAAGAUUAUUAGGUGGGCCAAGGACUCUUCUCGUCUUGACCAUUCUCCACCGUCUGAUGAGGAUGAGGAUGAGGAUGAGGAUGACGACGACGACGACGACGACGACAAGGUGGGUAAUGUUCGCGUAAAGGGUCAUCAUCGCAAAUAGUACGAGUAUCUUGCGACAAGUCGUUUGGUGAUUUUUUUUUCCCGUGAAGAGAAUUGUUUUCCUUCUUCUUUUUAAAUGAUCUUCUUGUAUAAUAACAAUGCCUUUUUUUUUAA